ACUCAUUUCUUGUGGCUAUGCAAGUUCCAGAAGGGAGUUCUUCCGCUAUAAUACACUCACAGUUCCCUCAAUGGUUUAAAGAUCAAGUUCAUAACCAGCCAUUAAGUCCCUUAAUUCAAGAUCUACGGGAAUUGUCAAAUUGGCCCAUGAGAUGUGUCAAAGAAUGGCACACGUAUUUUGUAAAUGGGUACAAGUUCCACACCGAUGCAUGGUCGAAAGGAAAAAAGACAAAUAAUUGUGGGGUGUUCGUUAAGGGCCUUACUGAGGGUGGUUAUGAUGACUUCUAUGGUAUUAUUGAAAAAAUUUAUGAGCUGGAGUAUAAUACUUCAAGUACUCCAAAGAGGGUAGUUCUUUUUUAUUGUUAAUGGUUUGAUCCAUCUAGGAAUGGAACAAAAGUGGAUCCUAGGUAUAAUAUUGUAGAAAUUCAAAUGACUUCAAGAUACCGACCAUUUGAUCCAUUCAUUCUAGCUCUUAAUGUUAGACAAGUUUAUUAUGUCCCAUAUCCAACAUUUCACAACAUUGACAAACGUGGUUGGUGUGUUGCAAUACAAACCAAGCCUAGGGGUCGCAUUGAGUCAAAUGAUGUUGAAGACGAUAUCCCUUUCCAAGUUGAUGAAAUGACACAUGGAAAUGAAAUUAUUGAAGUUGAAGNUGUAUCUGCAUUGCAAGACUUCGAUGGUGAUGAUGAAGAGUUAGAAGGACAAAUACAAGAACAUGAAAAAGAAGGAGAAGAACAAGAUGAAGAACAAGANGACGAUGAAGAAGAACUUGAAGAUGACGAAGAAGACGAUGAUGAAGAUGAUGAUGAUGACUAUGAUGAUCAUAGUGACGCAUCAAACAACGAUGACAAUGAAGAUGAUGAAGACGAUUGAAUUAAUUAAAUGCUUGUAUUUUGACAUUUCUACGAUUCACANUUAUAUAAUAUUAAAUCAUUUAUUAAAUACAAAUUGUCUACUUUACGUUUAAUUGUCUAUUAUUUAUUUAUAUAUUUUAAAUUACAGUAAUGUCAGGACAGGAGCCUUCACGUCCUGACAAGGGCAAGACGGUAAAAAAGGCUAGGAAGGCGAAGUACGUUGUUAGAGUUCCUUCGGAGAUACCAUUCUCCAUUGCCAAAGCUCGACCAGAUGUU